AUGGAGAAUCAAGUCUUUCCUCUGAAAUCCAUUAGUGCCACAUGGCUGAGCCCCAGCUCCCCUCCCUGGGUGGUGGACAUCACCCUGGGCCUUCUGUGUGGACUGGGGCUCUUCCUCCUGUUACUCCCCUGCCUCGGGGGAGAUCCAUCCCCACCACAGCUUGGGCAGGAAAGAAAUAUCAGGAAGAUGGGUGAGCACUGGUCCAGCCCCUCAAUCUUUCUUGUCUCCCAGCCUCCAGUGGGGAAGAGGGGGAGGCCCAGGAGCAGGAAGAAGAGCUGCGCUCUGAAAGCUUGUAGAGACUGCCGGAGGGAAUUGGAAGGGGCUCGGGACCUGAUUUUACUUCUGCAGAGCAACCUGGAGAAGCUCCCUGACAAGGGGGACUUUCAUCAGCUGUCAUAUUCAGACCCCCCGGGGGCGGUGUGCAAGCCACCACCUGCCAGAGCCCACCAGCCUCAUGGGGAGUGUAUGGAAGAUGCUUCUCCUGCCACCUUCUCCACAGUGGCUUCCCCAGCUCCCCUGGCCAAGCACCCUCCACCUCUGGCCUCCAACUUGUUACCAGGCCCGACGACCUUCCCAGUUUGUGCUGGAUCACACUCAUCGCUGAGUGCCUCCCAGCGGCCAGAGCCUUUGCUUCCCCUAGAAUGCCCUUCACCCCAGCCACGGGCGUUUUCCCUUCCUACACCACAGUCCCCUCCUCCUGUGGCCAGUCAUCUGCCUCCUCCUGACGCCAGCCUGGCUACCGCUCAGUGGAGCCCAGACAAGAAACAUCUAGAAGACGUCCUGAAAGUCCACUUGAGCAAGAAGUUGGGGCAGAUUAUGGAAAACAGGAUCCCUGUGAGUGUUCACCACUCCAGGCUUUCUAUUGACCAAGCCUUGGCCCCUCCUGAAAACUCAAACACACACACAGAAACUGGAAAUCUAGCAUCCUCAGAGGGUCGGGAAUCCUGCGAGGACACCUUGCAGGAACUUCUCCUUGACGCGGGCAGUCAACGUGUGCUGGAAGCACACAUUAAAAGGUUACAGGUGAGGCGCAGGUGGGGCCUACCCCUCAAGAUCAUCAAGACCAAAAAUCUAUUUAUGUUGAAAAAGGCUCAUCCCCUGCUUGUUCCACACUCCACUUUUCCCUCCCAGGCCACCUGUGAAUCUGGGGACAACUCCACAGCUGAAGUUCCCAAUUUCCCAGAAGAUCCUCGGGAAGAUCCAGGAGAGAAGGUGACCACAGAAAAGACAGUCCUCAACCUGACUGGUCCUCUCCCUGUCCCCUCACCUGUGGGUGAUGACCUCCAGAUGGACCUGAGAGGGACCCACUCUGGUGACAACUGUGGACACACAGAAGAUCCUGCCACUGUUCAGGAGGACAGGUGGCCUUCUCAGCCCCUCCCUUGCAGAACAUGGCACAGUGAGAUGGUCCUGGGGGCUGGGCAAGGCAGCCCAGAACAGAGUCCGAAUCCAGCAACGGCCAGGAAUGAGCUGAGGGAGGAAGAGGAGAGCGUGGCCUCAGGAGACCCCUGCAAUAGCCUAGCACUGCUGGAGCUCACUGUAGGGUCCCAAUCUUCAGGGGCCAAAGAGACCAUGGAGCCAAUGGAGGCCGAGGAAGAGAAGUCCCCUGCUUGGGAAGCCACCUUGGGAGCCAGUGUGAGGGCAGACUCCCACACCCUUAAUGUCAACCCGAGCUCAGGGUCUCUGGGGAACAGUAAAAGCUCCCUACCCACAACAAUUUAUGUCACCCAGGACCCAGAAGAGCUAUGCCUUAAUGCACGGAUUGUUAGUGAGUGUGAGCUGGCAGUGGAGGUGGAGCCAGAGAACCAGCCUCAAGGCCCUGCCCCCAACGUCUUCCUCCAAGACCGCACCACUGGCACCAUCCUUCAGGACUGUGCCCCUGAUGUUCUCGCCACAGACAUCUGGGCUUCUCAGCCCUCUCUGUCCACAGCGAGUCCCUUCUCAGCCCACAGCAAGUCCAGUGGCACUGUCGUCUACCUAGAGGUGUCUUGCCUCGUCAACCAGAUCACACUUCUCCCACUUUUCCUGCAUAACCCUGUGGGUAACGUGGCCAUCAUCUCGCUCUCCAUCCUGGAUGCUCAUCUCCGCACGGCCACGUACUUCUUCCUCAGAAACCUCUCCGUGCUUAACCUCUGCUUCACCACCAGCAUCGUGCCCCAGAUGCUGGUGAACAUGUGGGGAGAAAACAAGCAAAUCAGCUAUGCCGGCUGCAUGGUCCAGUACUGGGUGGCCUUGGCACUUGGUUCCACCGAGUGCGUGCUCCUGGCGGGAAUGGCAGUGGACCACUACAUUGCCGUUUGCUGGCCUCUGCGCUAUGCCUCCAUCAUGCACCCCAGGCUGUGUCACCUCCUGGUGGCAGCUUCCUGGUCCUCCGGCUUUGCCAACUCCUUCCUACAGUCCUCAAUGGCCACGGUGCUGCCUCGAUGUGGAAACCAGCACGUGGACCAUUUCUUCUGUGAGCUGCUGAUCAUUGUUAAACUCUCCUGUGUGGAUACUGGCCCAAAAGAGUCCAAAAUGUUUAUCGCCCGGCUGAUCAUCCUAGGCAUACCUGUCUCUAUCAUCCUGACCUCCUAUGUGUGCAUUGCCAGGGCAGUAGUGAAAAUGCGCUCAGCAGGAGGAAGGAAAAAGGCCUUUGGGACCUGCGCCUCCCACCUGAUAGUGGUCUCACUCUUCUAUAGGACCAUAAUGUUUUUGUAUCUGCAGCCAAAGGACAACUACUCCCAGGACCAGAGCAAAACAUUCGCGGUGCUCUACAUGAUCCUCACGCCCACCCUCAACCCCCUGAUCUACACGCUAAGGAACAAGGACCUGAAGAAAGCAGUCAGGAAGGUGACGGGGAAGGAGCAGGUGUAG